CGGGGUCCGGCCGCCAUGGCGCCCGCGGGCAGGGGCCGCCCGCCGCGGGGGGACGGCGACGGCAGCGCGGGGGCCCGGCCCGACAGGAGGACGAGGAAGCCGCUGGUGGAGAAGAAGCGCCGGGCGCGGAUCAACGAGAGCCUGCGGGAGCUGCGGCUGCUGCUGGCCGACGCCGAGUUGCAGGCGAAGCUGGAGAACGCGGAGGUGCUGGAGCUGACGGUGCGGCGGGUGCAGGCCGUGCUGGAGCGCCGCUCCCUCGAGGGCGGGCGGCUGCACCGCGAGGCCAGCGAGCGCUUCGCUGCCGGCUACAUCCAGUGCAUGCACGAGGUGCACACCUUCGUCUCCAGCUGCCCCGGCAUCGAUGCCACCACGGCGGCCGAGCUGCUCAACCACCUGCUGGAGUCCAUGCCCCUCAACGAGGGCGGCUUCCAGGACUUGAUCGCGGACGUUUUGGCCGAGCCCUCCCUCGGCCCCUGGCCUGGCGGUGAGGUGAGGGGUCUGGCGGCUGAGGCCUCCCCGGGCCUGGUGCUCCCCGCCUCGGCGCCCUCGCCGUCCCCCAGCGAAGAGACCUGCUCAGACUCCGAUGAGGCAGAGGCCGAGCUGGGCCAGACCUCCACUGACGGACUGGAUGCUUCCCAGACACACAGCGUGCCAUCGCCCAGCUUACCCAAAUCCAUGUGGAGACCCUGGUAACAGAGCGGCGUGCCCAGGAGUCGAUGCGGACCUACCUAGCGAGGAGAGCGGCUGGGUGCUGCACACCCCCGUGGCUGUCAGACCUGCGUGUCUGGCACUGCUGUGUCCUGGGACUGCAUAAAUGGCACUCUGACACUGUCACCCCCCUGACAGGCUAAUAGCAAAACACAUUAACAUUUCAUCUGUGUGUAUGUUGCGUGUGUGUGUGGUGUUUUGUAACUAGGGGGUUGUUUUUUAUGAGAGUUCGGGGAUGGGCUGGGGGAGGAGGGGGCUGUUUUUUUUAGUAGCAAAGCUCUUUGGUGGAUGCACACCAGUUAUCUCAUAACCCUGUCUCAUGCUUUUGGCCCUUAUAAGUGGCCCAAAUCUCACUACCUUUUUCUCUAAAGAAAAAGCCCUUGUGCGUUUUAAACCUUGGUGGUUAAAUCCAUGAGAAGUUCAGUCUGCAUGCACAGUUUGUGUUCUAGUGAUAGCAAAGAUCCCUGAAAGGGGUUGGUGUGGUUAGCAUCUAUACGUGGUAGUGGUCUGGAGUCUCACCUUCAGUGAAGGAAGAGAGAACUAGGAACCUGCUGGAGUUAGAUGAACAUCUAAGAUACUGGUGGCAGGGUGCCUUUUAGAAAUGAGUGUCUUUAUGCACACCUUGCUUUUAGCACAUCUGACUUUAUUGUGAUUUUAUGUAUAUUAGGGUGUCAAAUGUUUUUUAUUUUAAUCUUUAAUAAAAAACUAAAUUCACAACUGAUUUCAUGUAUUCUGCAGUGUGAUACACUUUAACCAGUUCACAAGUUUGAACACCACGUCCUAUUGUUAGCUACUAACAACAGUACGUCUAUGUUUUGGAACAAUGCUGGUAAUUAAGCACUUAAUUCAUGUACUAAGCAUUGUUAGCUCAAGUACUGGACAUAAAAUGUUUCUUUUGUUUAAUAGUAGCAGACACUUAAGUUACUGCAGUGACUGGUGUAGGGUUAUCUCAUGCCCCAGGCUCCUGGGCAAGUAGUUCAUGUGGACAGCAGGCUCAACUCUCACCUCCCUGCGGGAGGGGGUGGUCAUACAGCUGCAGUCCAUCUUCAGAGGCACUGGACAAAGCAUCUCCUGGUCUACCUCCUCAGGGAGUUUUGCCUUGUUUUUCCUUCUUGAAUGCAAAGUUGAUUAAAGCAUGCAAUGGACUUAAAAAGUAUUUCUGAAGAGAAAAAACACUUCAAGGGGGCUGACCUUCAGCCCUCCUGAACAUGAGGUUUGUCAUAGUCCGUACUUCUGAGAGAUACCAAGUUAUUUAUACUGGGGAAUUACCUUUCAGAGAGCUACCAUUGUAAAGAAAGAAACAAAAACAAUUGUGAAGUUACUUAAUACAUGGAAGUUCCCAAACACAGAACAAGCAAGAAAGGAAGCAACCUAACUACCAGGGGACUAGACCUGUAACUUUCUUUUGUUAAUAACCCUAUGGAAUAAUAAAAAUGGAAACUAAGAUACCA